AUGCUUUCUUUCAGCUCUUCUUCUACAGCGGGAAGCGUUCAUCCUUUGAAUGUGAUGAUAAUGAACAAAGCCUGCACAAGCUUAUCUGCAAAGGAAUGCACCUCAACCAAUACUCCUGGCACAUCGAGCGAAGUCGCGGUACUACAUGCACUAUCAGGAGCAAUGAAGUCCGAAGCGUUGUUGCCUCUGAGCGAGAUACAAUCACUAGCUGAGAAGCCUCGUGUGGGUCCGACGUCGAAGACGACAUCGAAGCGGACGAAGACUCGAAUUCGUAAAUGCGCAAGCGCACCCAUCAACAAGAAAAACAAGAAGAAAGUCAGCGUCUCAGAUCAACCGCUUCCAAAACCAAUGGCCCCACAGCCUCCUCCUUCCCAUCCUUCUCAUUCUGAACUUGCUGCAGCAAUCGAUCUCGGUCUGUCGAAGGGGUUACGAGGAGGAUUUAUUGAGUUCCUGCGCUCAAACACUGACGAAAGCAUCAAGAAGUCUUUCGAUGAAGUGAAGAAGGAGUUAGCUAACAAGCAGUCUUUCCUCAAAUCCGCAACCACUGUCGUGCGAUACCUUCAAGCCGCUAGACUACUGUACAAUCGGUUGGAUUGGCGAAAGAAGCGAAAAUACGAGCAAGAUGCACGUUAUAGAAUAAGAAUGGAACACAUCGCGAAGAUUCGAGAAGAGAAAGAAUUGGCGGACUUGCCUCUUUUCGAUAACGGGAAUCGAUUCGAUGAUGCGCUCGAAAAAAGAAUUGGUAUGGUAGCUUGCCAGAUGCCUUCCUCUGAAUAUGUGUUCAAAGAUCGGCAAUCCUUGCGUGAUUUCAAGAGAUAUGAAGCGCUGAAGGCCCGGAAAAUCUGCUGCCCUUUAUGUCCCAUCAGCUCUGAAGUGCUAACUAGUGCUGUUCAAUAUCAGGGCCACAUGACAACCCACCAUUCAUGUGCGCAUCUUUUCGCGUGUCAUUUUUGUGGAUUUGUGUUCCCUUCUCUUGAAGCUUUGAAAGCUCACGACGGAUGUGAAGGAUUUGCUGCCGCAAUGGUGCAAAGGAUAAAUCUUUGCGGUGAAGUAGAUUGUCCUAUGGGCUUUGCUAUAGUAAUCAUGACUUGUACUGACUGCGGCUCGCAACAACUUAUUCGCUCCUCAUUUCUUGGAGAAGCGUCAAUGGCUCACUGGAACGAGAUUAUAAACUUCCAUACAGUGCACAAUGCUGAGAGCCUAGUUCCGUUGGUCAUAUAUUCUAGCGAAGAUUUUCAUUGCAAGAUGCGAUUACGAAUACACACUGUGUCAACUUUAAUCAAAGAUGUCCAAAUUACUUGCCCUUAUUGUGGGAAGUCUGAUUUUGACACACUCGAAAUGCUUGAGUCGCAUUUCCUCUCUCACAACGAAGGCGUCAAAGUUUGCCCCGUGUGUUCGAGUAAAUUUGGACAGGAGGCCUUUUUCAGGGAGCAUCUCUUAUCGCAUCUGGAUACCAAAGCAGGCUACCUGGCUCUGUAUUUGGCUCAAAAGUGCACCUUUGUCACGGGUGGACUUUCGAGUUGUGGACCUUAUCUCGCAAAAGGAAGCGAGCUUAUCUAUGGGGGUGUGUCAGCAGCUGUCUUCACCUCCAAAUUACGACUGCAAUUUGUUGAUCCAUGGGAAUCUGUGACUGUAAAGAAAAAGGCAAACCGACGUGGUCGCAAACGUAGGGCUGGUCCAACAUACAAAGCAGAUCCAGCCGAGGCGGAUGAGGAGCAGAUUCCUCAGGAUGAGGCGUCAAUCAAAAUAAGAAAACUUCUGGGUCACUCAUUUGAUUACGAAAAUGUACUCCGAGUGAAUGGCUUCUUCUAUACCGCUAUCGACUCCAAAGAUGAAUCAGAAGAGAGUGCAGCACCGUACAAUUCGUCUGACAUCGAAUUCACCUCACUCAUCGAGCACAGUCCUACAGCCGUCGACAGAUUAGCGAAGGAUAUCUCGGAGCAUUUUUCAAGAAUCUGUAGACUCGCUGGUGGAAAGACCCUGUCAAAGAAACACAAUCCAUCGCAUAUCGGCCUUUCUAAAAAAAUUUACAUGUGCCGUCGAUGUAACUGUAUUUGUACCGGCGAUGAUGCGGUUUAUGCUCACCUGUCACGAUGUUGUCCAGAGCUGCGCCAAACUGAUAAUAGUUCUGAACCCUACGACCUUUCGAAUGGAUUGCUAGUUGUUUGCGUAUAUGCGGGCAAUGGUUUACCGAACACACGCAUCACUUGCUGGGAGUGCUCAUCAACUGUGUGCUCAGUUUUUGGUUUACGAGUGCACAUGAUUGCAAGGCACGGAAUCUUUAUCAAGGCUGAGGAUGAACCUACCAUAGGACCUAACUCAAAAGGAGAAGACUUGGAGCUUUUCACGGCAACAACGAGAGCAAUCAACAAGCUCAUUGGCCUCACCGAGAACGGAUGUCUUCCCGUCAACCUAGAGGAAAGAAAAAAGGAAGCUCUCAGAGCUAAGAUGAAGUUGAAUCAGAGCGCAAACGGCAACGAAACCGUUCUUAACCAGUCAAAUGUAAUCGCGUCUCCACACCCCCUGCCUCCUAAUCAUAGCAAUACUUCGAGCAAAGAAGCGGCCAUCGUAGUUGUGACGUCUUCAUCACCUUCACCUGCAGCUACUCCUGAGGAAUCACCGCCUUCUGUACAAAUCAUCGAGUCACAUGCUGAGCUUUGUCAACCAAGGCAACAAUCUGCCAGUCAUGCCAAUCAGCCAACAGAUACGGCUCUGGACAGGGUUGAGGCGCUCGUGAGAAACCUAGGACAUUUUUCUAUGCCAGCUCGGGACACUCCCCAAAAAGAGAAUCGUAUUGAGGAACCUCAUUAUGUCUUGACAAGUAUCUUGAAUCAAGUGGAAGCAGGUGUUACAUCCAAAUCUACUGCCUUACCACAAGAGAAGUCAUUGCCUCCGGCACUUCCAGUGCAGAAACAAGGUGAUCUACAUGCCAGUACAACUUCAUCGCCUUCACGCGAUGAUUUGAAUAAUCCAGAGUGCGAAUUUUGUGGUUUGAAACUGAUGUCUCAAGCUGCUUUGGCAAGGCACUAUGCAUCUCACUCAGAUACAACAAGUACCUGCCAUAUAUGUGAUCCACCUCAAGUCAAUGUCUUUACGCCUGAGCUUUACCUGGCUCACAUACAUGCUAAGCAUACAACUCAGCCAGACGCCAGUGAACAGGGUCGUGCUUUUGCAGUGUGCUCAUGUUGUGAUUUUCGGGUGAAGAAAUCGGAAAUAAUAGCUCAUUUGAUGUCAGAUUGUUACAUGGCUCCAUGCUUACUCUGUGGAGAUAAGCUCAGCCGAAGAAAUGACCGAUUGACACACAGGAAAAAUCAUAAGGAGAUUCAUUCAAGGUUUGUGUGUGAAUGCCAUCGUGGUUUUUCGCAUUUCACUAAGUUCCUGGAGCAUCAGUGUCGUAGCAGAGUCACAUCCACUGCUAGAUGUGCUGCCUGUGAUGCCAAGUUUUCUGCCUCCAGUCGCAACAAAGUGUUGAAGGAUGGCGCUGAUCAUUUUAUUAAGGCACACACGAAAGAUCUUUCAUGCUGCUUAUGUAAGAAUGAACCUCUAGAAGCACUGCGAGAGCAUGUCUCAAGGCACCUACUCCUGUCAUCCGAAGCUUACAAACCGACAAGAUCACUGUUAUCUUAUAAGAAUGUCGAGAUCUCGGAAACCAGUGAAGAGACGCUACAUGAAAUGCAGAAAGCGCCAAAGGAAAGGAGCCGUAGCACAGAAUCUGGUGUUACUCUCGAUCAAGAUGGCGCAGAUACAACAACGGAUGCAUCAGACGCUGAAACAGCGUCUGUCACGCUUGAAGAUGCUACCACGGAACGUGCAUCGAGUGCGCUGGAGGAGCUGCUAGUGGAGGAUGUUGUUCCGGUCGAAAACGGAAGUUCGCGAGAUGGCAAUUCACCCUCUGUACUCGAAAAACAACGACAAGUGCUUGCAGAACUGCUUGAUGAUCUUGGACCACCUCCUUCCGUUGUGAUAUUGGAAAGCAGUCAUGCCGUAGUACGUGAAGAGGUAGAUGAACCUCAGUGUGCUGUACCCAAGAACUCCGUGGCUGAUGACGAAGAUGAGAUUGUGAUAGUGGACGAAGAAGCUGCGCAAGCAAUGCUGAUGUCACCUCCACCACCCGGAUCAGUUGCUUCCGCAGUUGUGCAUACAGUGAAUGAAGGCGAUGAAGAUUGUAUGAUGAUGGAUAUUGUUGAGCUGCCAACUGGCUCCGUAUCAUACACUGUUGCUUCCACUCGCGAGAAGAAGCACAAAUGCUCCAUGUGCAGUCAGUCAUUUUUGCGAGAAUCCUCCUGCCGUCUUCAUGAGCAGACUUCACAUCGCAAUGACAUCGCCUCUGAUUUGUGUGACGAGGACUAUGGUAUUCCAUUAGAGCUGGAUCGUUGCAUGUAUUUAUGCCAACAAUGCACUGUUGCAUUCGAAGAUCAGCAGCGAGCGCGCAAACAUCUCGCUCAACAUAUGAUCAAGGGACCGGCGUUUCCGUGUGAGAAAUGCAGCAGUAUAUGUUUGACUGAAGCUAACCUCCGUGAUCAUUUGAAGAAGCAUGCGGAACAGAAGUUAUCAUAUCGUUGCUUGAAAUGCACUCCCCACCGGAUCUACUACUCUGAAGUGGCAUUAUACUACCAUUUGAAUAUGGAACAUCGUAUUCCUAUCAUAGCGUUUUGUAAGAGUUGCCUUCUUGCUUCUGCUAACAUGGACCGCAUAUUCAAGCAUACUUACACACGUGAAUGCUCUGACAAAAGAGAGGAGCCGCGUAUGACAUCUGUGCCCAUUUUGCUGCGUAGCCUCGGAUUCGCUAUUGCAUCGGAGUUGUGCUUUCAGCCCAACGAUGAGGCGGCAUACAAAAAAGCGGUUGCAAACAAGGCGAUACGAUUCGCAGUGCCAACUCAGUGCAGCCAUCGAACGUUUAUAACAUUUGGAGACGCUUUUACCACUUGCCCAGAGGAUCCUUCUAGAUGCCAUGGCUUGGUCAAUCAAAAUCGUUGGCAUUCAUUCUUGUGCGCUACGAAUCGUGAUACGCCCGGGGAGAUGCCGGCCGUGAUGCCUGAAGCGAUCGUGGUCAAGAAGGACUGUGGUGAAAACUUGGCGGAUAUGCUUCUUACUCGUUACAGAACGAACUUGGCACUAACGACAGGCUCGCUGGCUAGACGUUCCGCUAAUGCACUACCCACCCUUGCUCCUGCCGUGCCACUAACAGCACCAGCACCGGUGCGACAAGGCACCAUAUCUACCUGCCAGAUCUCAAAUCGCCGUCAAGAUGUAGUAGAAGCGUUGCCGAUAUUGCCGCAGCAGGUACAGGUCAGUCAUGCGGCAGCACAAAUGCCGGCUCUUCGCCAGACUUUGAACAGUGCACCCAUAUCUCUCCCUCAAAAUCAGAGUGCUUGUAUAUUCUGCCGUUGUCGUAAUGUGGCAAUGAUAUGCGAACCGCCUAAUAGGGCGUAUGAAGCUGUGAAUUCACUCUGUACUAAGUUCAGAGAAGUUCAUCCUGUUGCUGCGCAAACAUUGUACUCUUCGCUCAAUUCGUUCAUACGAGAAACUGUGAAUCGCCGUCACGGACAACCGCAUUUCUGUUUCUGCCGUUGGCACUAUUCGCAGCAAAGUUUUGACGGUCAGCAUCUGACUAAUGCACCCCCGAGUCAAGUGAACAGCGCGCUUCUGCUGAGCAACUAUCACAAAGGACUGUUCUACCCUGAUCCAGCCUGUGUGGCCAUCAUGACUUCUUUACCGCUCUCUCCUGUCGCAGGCGUAGUACAAACUGUACAAUCUACUGCUUCAUGCAGUUCUUCGUCGCAACCUUCGGCACAGUCGUGUGCUGUAUGUGGUGUGGUGGCGCCAUCUGGGCCAUGUUCUGCGACAACGUUCCGGCUGAAUUACAUGAUAGCGGUGCCGCUUAUGCCAGUCACUGUGAAAGAGCAAUGGGCAGCUAGCGUCGUUCACUCUUUAGCUGAGGCGUAUGCACAGCGGGUAAUGAACGAGUUUCGAAUCUCACAUCCACCUCGUCUCUGCAUCCGGCAUUUCAAUCCUCGUUCACUGAUUAUUGGGCGUAAUGGCGCCAUCACCAGAAAUCCAAAUUCUGUAGCUGAGCUGCCUAUCUUGGAUUUCCCUGAAUUCGCUUCGUUGACUCCGGAGUUCUUCCAAGCGUUUAAUAAACUCCUCGACGCUAUGGAUAAGAAUCAGAAUUCCAACAACACUAUUUCGACAAUGCUAAAGAUAGUCCAAGAUCUUGUCAAAUGCAAAGAUGAGAGGUGUGGUCGUCCUUUGAAUUUGUGCAAGGAUGUGUUAUUCCAUCGCUUCCAUGGUCCUCAACACACAUAUGUUUGUAUGGAGUGUUUCUGCACAACUGAUGUCAUUCGAAAUGAGCAAGAGAUGAUUGAGCACUUUGUUUCUAAACACAUACAAAGAAGCCAAGCAAUUGCUGCUGUUCCGCGUGUGUAUUCGCUUCAUUGCCCUCUGCGCAACUGCAGUGCAACAUUCCCGUCUGUACAGACUUUGCGGAAGCAUAUCAACCAUGUUCACGCUGCGCAGUUUCCACACUCCUCUGACAACUGUGCUACGCACUUUUUCGAUGCUCAAAAAAUGUCUCUCCACAAUGCUCAGCACGAGAAGCAUAGCUGUGAUGUCACGUGCUGCUAUCUUUGCGGUUUGGCCGAUCCAUGGCAGCAUGAAUUCAAUGGCGUUAGGAUCUCGCAUGAGCUGACACAUGGAAUGAGGCGGUUUCUCGCUUGCAAAACGUGUGGACUUCCGAUGGGUCAAGACCCAGCUAAUAUGGCGCUGAUUGAUCACUUUAUGAAGCAACAUAUGGUGGAGCUGCAAAAGCGAGUGCGCUAUUGCAAAAUAUGUCGAAAAAAUAUAGCUGAGCAUGGAUUAUUAGCACAUGUUGUUGAACAACAUAGGUUGAUUUCGUUCCAACCUCGUUAUAUACAAUCCGGCAUGUUGUCUAUAAUGAAUGGCAGCGAGUUGUGUGCUUAUCUCGGGAUACCGCCUGAACGCUGGCAGGUCAAUCCUCAGGCUGAUAUUUCAGAACUAGGAUAAAAAUAUCUAGUAAAGCAUGAGCAAACUGGUUGUCACGCUUUGAAUUAUGAUCUCUGUGGAAUUGACCAUAUUCACGAGCCAGUAGGCGUUUUAUUGGUUUGUUUUAUUGCAUUUAUUUUCUAUUCAAUAUCGUAAGAUUCCAAAGUACCCUUACUUCUGUUUUGUGUGCUGCACCAUAUGUUGUACCGGUAAUCAGUGUCUUUUGCAUAAAUGCAGGUUCGUAGUUUUACCCUAAGUUGACCUCUGUUGAAGAAGUGUUCAAGUGCUUGUAUCGACACUACUUCAUUCACUGAUCUGUAUAUUCGUUAUAUCUGUUCCAUUCAAUAAAGACAUUCUUUACUCAUGAAUAUAC